AAGAGCUGAGCUGCAAUGAGAAAAGUACAGAAGGAAAAGCACCGAAUUGCGCUCGGGACGGACCGGGCAGCACAGGAGCACGCCGCAACUCCCGGCCGGGACUGCCCGGGCGGGGCUCCCUCCGUAACUCAACACCGAGUGACGUCACGCCCUACGCAGCCUCUUAGUCCAUAUAAGGAAUUCACUCCAUAUAAGGAGGUGAAGGCUCCGCCCCUCCGAGCGGCGCUCAGGAUUGGCUGGCGUUGGGUGCGCGGGGCUCUGGGAGCUGUAGUUCCCAGGCGCACAGGGGGCGGGGCGAGGCCGCCGGCCAAUAAGGGCGGGUGGGCGGAGCCUGGUGCCGCAGACGCCGGCCGGUGUAGGAGAUCGAGUGCGGAGCGGCGACUUCGGUGCGGGCUGUGCGGUGGGAGCGGGGCGCCGGGCACCAUGUCGUCCGGUCAUGAACCUAUUUACCCUGAGUAUGAGACCGAAACCAGCCAGACAUCGAAGCUGCUACGGAAAUUUAAGGAGACGCCGUUUGUACCGAUUGGGAUGGCUGGCUUUGCCGUGGUGGUGGGCUAUGGGCUGUACAAACUGAAGCACCGGGGGAACAUGAAAAUGUCGCUACACCUGAUUCACAUGCGUGUGGCAGCGCAGGGUUUUGUUGUGGGAGCAAUAACGUGCGGUGUGCUGUAUUCCAUGUUUCGGGAGCACGUGAUAAAGCCCAAGGAGUAAUAGAAGGAUAACCUAAAUCUGUCCCAGUGGUGGCCUGUGUACUGCAUCUAUAAACCUCAUAUCGAGGGGUUCUUGAGGAAAAAAAUAUAUUGUUUUAGAGAACUGCCCUUUAUUUUUGUAUAUGGUACGCUGUUCAGAGGCUGGCAGCCUAAAUGAUUGCAUACUAGGCGAAUGGGUAUGGCAGUCUGGUUCUCUUUGAUUGGCACUACCAUACCCAGCUUUUUAGGGGACAUAGUGGAGUACCCAUUUUCUUCCCCUUGGCUGUUUUACUCAGCCCUACAAUUGGUGACCUCUCUUGCUGCUGUUGCCCAAAAUGACAAAGUCUGAACUAGCUUUGCGAGGCCUCAGCCAGGGUGUAGAGGCCGUGUCUGUAAGACAGCAUUGUGUUUUAUGUCACCGUCUGUCCUGUGUAUUUGCCAGCCUCCAGCUUUGUAAUUUAGAAGCUUCUGGCAGCACUGAUUUCUAAAAUAGAGAGAUCUGUAAACAUCUAUUUUAUUUUUUUUAUUUAAGGCGUGAGGUAUUUGGUGUGUUUCAGCUAUUUAAAUGUUAUAUUUAUUCAUCGUUAAUGAAGACACAGUCUCCCUAUCUUUACCAUAAGCUUUCAGACCCUUGGAUUACUGUAUUUUGUAACUUUAUUAGUGUUCUUCUGGGUAAUAUUUAAAUGUAACAUUUAAAAUAUGCCUGGGUUUGGCAUUCUAAUACUUUUGAAGUGUGAUAUAGCUCCGACUUAAUGUUUCCCCACAGAAAUUUUGAAGAGUUUGCAUCUGAAAAGCCCCUUUGGUGAGGUGUGAAACCUUUGUAAGCUGCCAAUGUGAUUUUACGCAGGAACCCCUUGUAUCUCUAACAGCAGUCACAAAAAUAAAUGUGUUGAUGAAAUGAGUUGGUUAAAAAAAAAAAAACCUGACUUUCUCUGACUAGCCUACAUUCCAUCGUGCCAGUAUGAUGUCUAACAAAUAAAACAAGGUGCGCCCUCCCCCUCUCUGUGAUACGUUGUGGGGAGGAGUGUGUGAUGCAAUGUGAAUAAACAGCUGAGAGCACUGCA